UGAGAUGCGGCCGCGGGCAGCCUGGACGCGGAAAGCGGCCCCCGCGGAAGCGGCGAAGGCGGGCGCGGCCUCCUCAGUGCUGGGCGCGCGGUGCAUGAGGUCGAGCACGCGGGCGCUGGGCAGCCGCCGGUCACGCCGCCUCCAUAAACACUUGUUUAGGACUCGUUCGCCCCGCUGAGGCCCCCAGUGCCCCCGCCAUGGAGGCCUCGUCCGACCUCGAGCCCCAAGCCUCGGCCUCGGCCGCGGCGCCGCUGCACGCCCCGGAGGUGGCGCGGCUCCUCGAGGAGCAGGAAAAGGUGGUCACUAACUGCCAAGAGAAAAUCCAGCAUUGGAAGAAGGUAGAUAAUGACUAUAAUGCCCUUCAGGAAAGACUCAGUACCUUGCCUGAUAAGUUGUCUUAUAAUAUCAUGGUACCAUUUGGCCCUUUUGCCUUCAUGCCAGGAAAACUUGUCCAUACUAAUGAAGUCACUGUUUUACUUGGGGACAACUGGUUUGCAAAGUGCUCAGCAAAGCAGGCUGUAGGUUUAGUUGAACACCGGAAAGAACAUGUAAGAAAAACAAUAGAUGAUUUAAAAAAAGUGAUGAAAAAUUUUGAAGCCAGAGUUGAAUUCACAGAAGAUUUGCAGAAAAUGAGUGAUGCUGCAGGUGAUAUUGUUGAUAUAAGAGAAGAAAUUAAAAGUGACUUUGAAUUUAAAGCAAAACACCGAAUUGCUCAUAAACCUCAUUCCAAACCCAAAACUUCAGACAUUUUUGAAGCAGAUUUUGCAAAUGAUGUAAAAUCCAAGGAUUUGCUUGCUGAUAAGAAACUGUGGGCUCGGCUUGAAGAACUAGAGAGACAAGAAGAAUUGCUGGGUGAACUUGAUAGUAAGCUUGAUACUGUGAUUGCAAAUGGAGAAGAUACAACAUCUUCUGAAGAGGAAAAAGAAGAUCAAAACCCAAAUGUGAAUGUGAUGCAUCCAGUAACAGCCUCUCUUACUCCCAGUAAUUGUCAGAAGGAUAUAACAAGUUCAGAAAUGUUCAGUGGUCAAGUGAAUAGUCAAUUGAACUGUUCAGUGAAUGGUUCAAAUUCUUGCCACAAUAAUGAAGAUGAUGAUGAGGAAGAAGAUGAUGAAGAUGAAGAUGAUGAUGAAGAUGAUGGUGAUAAUGAAAAUGACCAUGAUGCUUUAGGGGUUGGAGAUAAUUCUGUACCAACAAUAUAUUUUUCUCAUACUGUUGAACCUAAAAGGGUCCGAAUAAAUACUGGAAAAAACACCACUUUAAAAUUCAGUGAAAAGAAAGAAGAAGCCAAACGUAAACGAAAAAACAGCACUAGCAGUGGUCAUUCUGUGCAUGAGCUGCCUACUAUCAGGACACCUGCUGACAUUUACAGAGUCUUUGUUGAUGUUGUGAAUGGAGAAUAUGUCCCUCGUAAAUCAAUCCUGAAGUCUCGAAGCAGAGAGAACAGUGUUUGUAGUGAUACCAGUGAAAGCAGUGCUGCUGAAUUUGAUGAUAGACGGGGAGUUUUGAGGAGUAUUAGCUGUGAAGAAGCCACUUGCAGUGACACCAGUGAGAGCAUUUUGGAAGAGGAACUGCAACAAGAAAAUCAUCAAAAGAAACUUCUGCCUUUAUCAGGAGCACCUGAGGCUUUUUCUGGAACUGUAAUAGAAAAAGAAUUUUUAUUGUCCUCCUUAACACCACACCCAGCCAUUGCUUAUCCUGUACUACCCACCAUUCCAGAACGAAAAGAAGUUCUGUCAGAAGUAUCAGAAGAUACUGCAAAAAGAGUUUCAAAGUUCAAAGCUGCCAGAUUGCAACAGAAAAACUAGGCCCUGCCUAGGAAAAUGGGAAUUUACAUCCUAAAAUGCAGUUGUGCAUUUGUUUAGAGUAUAUAUAGCAAAAUAUGUUACAUGUAGUUUGAAAUAAGGCAUCCUGCAUUAGUUUGACAGCAAGUUCUCUUACCCUUAUCAGUGGUAUUAAAAAAAAAAUCAAAGUAAAUGUUUAAAUACUUUAAUAUUCAGCUUGUUUUGUUAAUUUUCUGAAUAUUGUCAACACACUUGUCUAGGUUUUGCCUUAUGAUGCAGUAGCAGCAUUUCUAAUUAUUUUUCCAAGAAUACUGUUCAUACGCAUUGUUUUUGUGUUUCAAACUAAAUACAGGCAGUUUUGUACCAGCUGUGAGGUUGUGCAUGCCAUAUGGACCAUUUUAAAGAAACUUUUAAAAUUUCAGAUAGAUUCAACAAUUAUAUUACUUGCUUUUGCAUUUUAAAGGCACUUUAAAAAAAUCUACUUCUUGUAGGUUUUGCAGCUAGGUGGCUAUUUAAAAAAACCUCUCCACUUUGAAUGUCAUACUAUAAUUUUUAAGGCAGAGAGCUACAUAUACCCUGUGGGAAAGUUUCUGAUUGGAAGAAUGAUAUUUUGUAAAAUGUUUCUUUUUUUCUUCAAGUAAAAAUUUUAUGAAACUUGGUCUCUAAAAUGUUGUGAAUGUUAUGAUUCAGAAUUGAGUUUAGAAAUGUCUUUGAUUCAUAUAUAUGCUACAUACACCACACAACAGAUUCUUGAAUUCUUACAGUUUCAUAGGCAUUUCUUCCCUGGUAUGUGCAGUUUUCACUGGGAUUAUGUUUUAGUAGAGAAGGAAAGGUUGUCUAGCUGUUUAAAAAAAAAGAUUUUUUUCAAUAAAAAGUUUGUAUGUUUUAAUCUUUCCUACAUUUUCAUUCUUUAAGGCUACUUUCCUACUAGUAAAUAAUUGAAAUAACAUAUUUACUUUUAGCAAACUCCUUAAAAUAAGGAGAAAUUUAUUCUAACAUUGAAAAUUACACUGCAAGUGUUAAUCAUUAGCUUGAUGCAUGCUAAAAUGUAGCUUUUAAAAAGCAUCCUGCAUUAGUACUAAAAUAAGCCAUCAAUGCCAGUCCACCCUCUAUUCAUGGCUAAAUAUUUAACGGUUAUUUAUAGCUUCUUUAAUGAAUUCUUGCUUAAACAAAGUGAAAUUAUGUCCUAGAAAAGUAGAAGCUAUUUGUAACUAGAACAGCAUAACUGUAAAAGUUUUAUGAAUAUGUAUUUUAAAGAUAAGGGAGUGAGCUUGAAUCCCCACUAGUUAAUGGGUAAUUCAGAACAGAGGGACUGAUUGUGAAAGAUCACCUAAAAAUGUAGAUUUGUUCUACACUAAAUUUUGAUCAACUAUGCAUAUAUUUUGUGGUUUAAAACUUUUUCUUUUAGUCUACCUCCCCUCCCCCCAAACCAAAACAAGAGGACAAAUCACAUACACAAAGGAGCCACCAUUUCCAACUGCUAUUCAAGUGAGCAUUUCUGUGCUAGACGUUUUCCCCCCCGCCAGAAACAAACGUUAUUACAGGGCUAUUGUGGUGUUCUUUACAGAUGUGUAAUUUCAAGAGUACUGUCAUUAAAUAAUUUUUCAUGUUCAUGAA